AUGGCUGCCCUUUUAGUACAAAGAGUCUGGAAAAAGAAAGGCAUGGUCCAAACCACAAUCCUCGCCAUGGAGCUCCUCCUACUAUCGACUGGUUUUUUCUCUGCUCUUUUCAAGUUGAAACAAGCAAUCCCAGCUAUAAACCCUUAUUGUUGCUUACUUGAAUUUGCCCUCUCCGUUUCCCGGCAACUUGGGAUGUCUUACAGGGUUGUUUUCUCGUCUCCUCUUCACAUACUCUUCAUCACCUCUAUCAUCGUCGUCCUCAUCUUAGUUUCCUCGAGGUUCCAUCUCCCGAAACUAGCCCGCCUCGAAUUCGAGUACUACGAUGUUUUUGUUGGGAAUUUAAUGGAGGAGGAUUCAUUAUUCAACGUAAGUACAGAAAGUUGGGAAGGGAAAACAGUAGCAGAGGAUGAUGCUCCUCGGAGUGAGAAAGAAUCAAAGGAAACCCGUACGGCGGCAUCAUCAUCAAAUAUUAAUGGUAUUACUGCCAAAGUCAUCGUCUUUGAAAGUGAUGUUCAAGACGAUGAUGGGGUGGUAUCUUUGAAAGAUGUCCAUGUUGAUUGCUUUCGGACACUUUCAGGUACAUGGAGAGUGGCGGCUAGUACCGUUGAUGAUGAGAUGCCGCAUUUGCAGAAGAUAUCCAAAUCCUACGGAAUAGAGACUGCAGCUACAGGGAUAAACUUAAUGGACUACUUGAAGUUUUCCGACGAAAAUGAAAGACCCGAAGAGGACAAUUUGAUGUUUUCCGACGAAAACCAAAGAGGCGAAGCUGGUGAGGAGGAGGAGGAGGAUACAAUGGAGGCUACCUGGAUUGCAAUUAGCCAAGGACGAGACUGCAGGGAGAAAAACAAUAAUAAUAAUAAUAUGAAACUAAAGAAGAGCGAAACGUGGUUGGGGGUGGCGAGGCGGGCGGAGGCUCAGUCAGCAGCGAGUGGCAGGUCGGACGAAGAGUCGUCGCUUGAAGCGACAUGGAAGGAGCUGAGGAAAAGCGUGACGUUCAACGACGCGGUGUCGGCGUGCCGGCGAGGUGGGCUGGCUAGGGACCUGAUGACAACGUCCGAUGAGAUGAAGAAGCGGUUUGAUGAUUUCAUUAACAACUUCAACAACGAAUUGAGGUUGCAGAGACAGGAAUCCGAGCAGCGUCUCUUGGCGGCAAUCACCCGCGGUGGCCUCCCCGGCCUCUAA